AUGAGUAUAGUGAAUGAAGAACGAAAUGGCCCGGAUCUGCAUGAGGAAGCUUGCACAAAAUCUCAGAAGUCAAAAUUGUUGUACACUAGAGAAUUUCUGCUAUCUCUUAGCGACUUGGAUGUUUGCAAGCGGCUGCCGAGUGGGUUUGACCAAUCACUUUUGAGUGAAUUUGAGGAUACUUCACAAGAUCGGUUUAGAGCCUCUGGUGGUUUGCCGUUACAAAGUUAUAAGCGAACAGAAUAUGGUUCAUCCCCACCAACCCGAGGGGAGACAAGCAAUUUUUCUCGGGGGAUUCAGGGAAGAUGGGAUAGUCGCUCGUCAGUUAGAAGUGACCGUGACAGUGAUUCACAAUCUGAUAAGGAAUCAGAUACUGGAAGACGUUAUGGCAACCAAUCUCGACGACCUUGGCAGGUUCCUGAGCAUGACGGGCUUCUUGGAAGUGGUUCCUUCCCAAGGCCGCCUGGGUUUGCUGUAGGCUCUUCAGCUUCAAAGUUGCGAGAGCCCAGCAAGGCUAACGAACCAUAUCAACCUCCUCGCCCUUACAAGGCUGGUCCUCACUCUCGUCGGGAAACCAAUGACUCAUUUAAUGAUGAAACUUUUGGCUCUUCCGAGUGCACAACCGAGGAUAGGGAAGAAGAGGAAAGAAAACGAAGAGCUUCUUUUGAAUUAUUGAGGAAGGAACAUCAAAAAGCUUUUCAAGAAAGGCAGAAGUUGACUCCAGGAAAGGGUAAAGGCGACUUCGAUUUUGCUUCAUUGAUGGAAGAUUCAAGAGAUGACAAGAGAAGUCAAGACAAAAGCACUGAAUUGGAUGGACCAGUUUCAAUUAAUAAUUCUCAUAAAGCUGCCUCAUCAUCUGCCCCUGUAUCUAGACCUCUCGUGCCUCCAGGGUUUUCAAAUGCUGCCGCUGAGAAAAGCACAGGAACCAAAGCGGUGGCGAACUCUCAGUUGGAGGUAGUCAAUGAAGUUGAAGGCAACCUUUCACACGAUAAAGGGAACAAUUUGUUUAUUGGAGCUUCACAUAACCAAGAUCAGAUGCAGCCUCUAGAACCCCUAAAUGUGAACGAGCAAGGGCUUGGCAACCUUGGUAUUAAUGUUUCAGUCCAUAGCAGCAAAGGGCAAAAGUCAUUGGAUUUACCUUCAACAGUGGAUGCAUCUAGCAAACUAAUUGGGAAAGAUAAUCUAUUUCAUAUACCUCCCGAAGUUUUAGAAGUUUUUCAAACUCAAAAGAAUAGUAUAGUUACAGAUCUGAGUCCCGAGGAUGUGAUGAAAGGUAAAUUCAUUGGUGGAUCUGGCCCAACUAGCUCCACCUCAAUUCUGGAAAAGCUUUUUGGGAAUGCUUUAGCUCUAAAUGGUGGUGAUUCUUCUAGUUCUGUUGAGCAACAUGAUCCCAAAAUGGAGGAGGCAUGGAUUUCGCCUGAUGUACAAUCUUCCAAGUUUGCCCAGUGGUUUCUUGAAGAAGAAAAGAAUCUAGUCGACGAUGUCUCCUCUGGUGGCGCCAACAGUUUGCUUUCUUUGAUUGUGGGAGGUGAAAAAGUGCUGUCUCAUCCUUCUGAUGGUAGAUCAACUAAGCAGCACAUCUUGCCUGACCUGUCCAUCCGAAAUGGUGAACAUGCAAACAAGGAUAGGAUAUCAAGCUCAGCGCUGCCUACUGUUGAAGAUACUGAAAAGACUCGACCGUUCUCUGAUAAUAAGGUGGAACCAGUUGCAGCUGUACUUACAUGUGAAGACCUCGAACAGGCAAUUCUGUCUGGGAUUACUGGUAGUUCAUCUUUGUCAGCUAGUGAACAUGGCAGGAAUGUUGUGGAUCAGAAAACUCUUCCAGAGAAAGCCAAGGGCGAUGAUCAUGCAUCCCAGCAUAUUCUCUCAUUAUUGCAGAAGGGCACAAGUUUGAGUGAUGCAUUUCCUUCUUCCGUUAUAGGAGCCAAGUCUGUAGACAAUGUAAAGGAUAUAGAAGAACCUAGUAUUGGGCUUCCAGGAGUCUCUAUUCGGUCAGAUACUGAGCAUUCUGCUACUCCGGGCAAGGCUUUGACUCUUGAAACUCUUUUUGGAACCGCUUUUAUGAAAGAACUGCAGCCAGUAGGAGUACCAGCUGAAAGCCAACCGGCAAAGGUGGGUAUUGCUAAAGUUGAUAUUCCCGAGUCCCAUGGUCUACUUCAGUCUACUUUAGGAAUGACAUCCAACUUAUUAGGUCUGGGAAGUGGCAUCCCACCUCCAAACCAGCAUCAGCAAAUUAAGUCAGACAGGAUUGAGGAUCACUUCAUAGCCUUUAAUUCUAGCAACAAAGUAGAUACUUCACAGAUCCGGUCUGAAUUGGUCCCCAGACUUGGUGGACUUGAUGCAUGUGCUGACAUUGGGCUCCCUGAGGAGAACAGCCUGCUUGCAGUUAGUGACCCUCUGAAUCGACCUGAUCUUGUACAUGCUAGGAACAUGUCGAAUAAGAUUGAAGUGCUGGGUACGCAAGGGACUGCAGUUGACAUUGCUGAAAAGUUUCCAGCUUUAGGUUCUUCGUUCAGAGAUGAUAGGUCUGUCAUAGGAGGCCAAGAUGGUCUACCUUUUGGUCGCAGUCCUUAUGAUAUGAGGGAACAGGACAUUCGGUAUCAUAAUAUUCGGGUCAAUCCAUCUGGACGUCAGCUUGAUCCCUCUCAAAUCAAUAAUGCAGGAUCGAUGUUUCACCCAUUGGAUUCUCAAUCCUCUAUUAAUAUCAAUGGUCAGAUGAGAUUCAUGUCCCCUGAGAAUAUCACUCAUCGUGAUGUUCCUAGCAAUCAAUAUCAUGGGAACAUGCUUCCUUCAACUUUCCAUCAUGCUAAUGGCAGCAGCACACUUACUGGGUUUGAUCCUACCCCUCAGAACGUGUUGCUGCAACAGAUGCACAUGAGAGGCAAUUUUCCUCACCUGUCACGUGGAUUUCCUAGGGGUGCUCCUGCUGUUCCACUUCAUAACAACCAGAUGUCAGGCUUUAUACCUGAUGCGAAUCCUAUGCAAAGUUUCCCUUUCGGGCAGAGGCAGACCAACAUAGGCGCGGUCGCGAUUCCACCCCAGGCUCCAGGUGUCGACAGUGGAACCAAUCGUCCAGAGGCGCUGCAGAAGUUAAUUGAGAUGGAACUCAGGUCGAAGCAGAAGCAGGUUCACCCUUUGGCUGCAGUUGGACAAGGUCAAGGAGCGUUUGGUCAUGAGCUGGACAUGGGCUUCGGUUACAGAUAA